AACUGAUAAAAUAUUAUAGUGAUCACAAAACUUUUUCCUAAUUAAAUUAAGUUUUCAGCUUGAACGAGAAGCUGUUUUCAAGUCACAAUCUCCUGAAAAUAAGCGGAGAUCUCUUCGGUGGAUGUCUUAAAAAAGACAAUGAUCGCGUUUGAUUUGUCAAAACAUUGAGUUGUUCCGAGACGUCUGAUGAAAAAUUACUACAACGAUACAAAAUCCAGUAUGGAGGAAAAGGCAAAUGGCUCAGUCGACACCAAAGGCCCAGUGGAGAAUGGUCAGCUGCCAGAUCCAUCAAACUGGGGGGUUGCUGACGUUGUCAAUUAUUUCAAAGCAACGGGGUUUGAGGAGCAAGCCACAGCUUUCCAGGAUCAGGAAAUCGAUGGCAAGUCCUUGCUCCUGAUGACACGUAACGAUGUCCUAACGGGGCUGUCAAUAAAGCUUGGUCCUGCACUGAAAAUCUACGAGUACCACGUGAAGCCGCUGCAGACUCAGCACCUGAAAAGCAACGUCUCGUAGCACCGCGGACCACCACCACCCACCUCAGUGACAAUCAUCAAUGUCAGGUGACCUCCCCUGGUUAGCUGCAGCUUCACAAAGACUCCACUGCCUACAGUGGCACUUUAAACAAGAUUCCAAAACGAAAUGGUUGGCACAUGGUGUCCACUCAGCUGUUUACCCGUUUAGCCAUUCGUAUUUCUGCUGCUUGAGAUAAGUAAUUUUUGUAUUUGUUUUAUUUAAAAGGAAGGAACUUUGGAGUGAGUACUCUGCAGGUAUGAUUUAUGUGUGUUUGUUUGGUUUAUGUGUGUGCAAAGUCAAUU